CCACAGUGUACUGUUUGUGAGCAUCAUUCUACUUUGUCUGUUUGUUGUUGCCAGCUACACAUUUUUUGGAUGCAAAGGUGAAACCUUUAUCAUCACUUCACAUACCCUUUUUCCUUGUCUUGUGUUCUUUGUGUUCUCAUUUCCCUUCAUUUUCUUCAUCUGGGUGAGAGAGAGAUAGAGAGAUUCUCUCAUCUCAUUGCAAAAACAACCUAAGAUGGAGAAAGCUCUUACUAAAGUAACAAGCUUGAAGAUAGGACUUGGAGAUUCAUGGUUUACUAAAAAAGCUAAAGAAGAGUUCUCUAACAUCUCUCAAGACAUCAAUACUUUCUCUAAUACAGUUGAAGAGAAGGCCAAAUGGGUUUUUAACAAACUCAAAGGUAAGCCACAAAAAAGCUUACCAGAUCUUCUCCGCGACUUCAAUUUACCGCCGGGGCUAUUUCCUCAAAACACAAUCUGUUAUGAGUUCGACGAAAUCAAGGGUAAGUUGAUUGUCUACUUGCCAUCUGCAUGUGAGGUAAGCUUCAAGGAUUCCUCUGUACUGCGAUACGCAACCCGUGUCAAAGCUGUUCUUACAAGGGGAAAGCUUUCGGCAAUAGAAGGAAUGAAAACCAAAGUUCUUGUAUGGGUUAAGGUGACAAGUGUGACAGUUGAAGGUUACAAAUCUGAUAAGAUUUGGGUGACUGCUGGUGUAAAGAAGUCAAGGCCAAAAGAUGCUUUCGAUACGCCUCGUGAUGCUGUUAGAGUACCGGAAUUCUGAGUUUAUGAUAUGUUUUAUUAGUAUGGAAGAGUUUUAGAGUCUAAAUUAUUGGAAAUGUUUACAGAAAAAGUCUCUGGGUUAGGAUCAUCUUCUCUAUAUUAUAUAUAUUGUAUGUAUUGUUGUUCGGGUCAUUCAUUGUCACAUUGAAUUGAAAUUAAUUUGGUAAGCUCA